AUGCUAGAAGCUUUGCCAGUUGAGAUCCUGUCCAGUAUUGCAAAUUGGUUGAGUCCUCGAGAUCUUCGCUUCUUAAGCCAAGCCUCCCGCAGGCUUCAUUCGGUAUUCAUUCCACUACUCUACCAUACAAUCAAUUUUUGUGCCGCAAGUGAAUGGGCACUUAAUGUCAUCAACAUUGGUACCUUUUUCCGCCUUCACGAAGUUUCCAAAGACUCCUGCUAUCUUCAGUACACGAGAGAAUUGAGUAUAUCUGCGCCCAUUGUCUUUGCUCGAUUCAAUCGUUCCGUCUAA